AUGAAGCAGGAAAGGUACGAUAUCCAUUGUGAUAGUCAGAGCGCAUUGGAUUUGAGUAAGAAUGCGAUGUACCACUCUCGCACGAAGCACAUUGAUGUCAGAUAUCAUUGGCUACGUCAAGUAGUGGAAGAACAACAGUUCAAGUUGGAAAAGAUUCACACUGAUGAUAAUCCUGCUGACAUGAUGACGAAAGUUGUAACAGGAGGAAAACUUCAGCUUUGUGCCGAGUUGAUUGGCAUGGAAUGUGCCCCAGCCGGAAGCUUGAGCAGCCCGAAAGCCACGGCCAGGUUCUCACUAUGA